ACGAGGACGGUGUGUCAACAAUAGGGUCUGCAAGCGGCUUUGUGUAUGUUAACACUUUUCCUUGCCGAAAGAUGAGGCGCAUGCGACCGGAUGUAUUUGCCGUAGCAAAAAAUAGAAUACAUGCCAAAUCUGAGAAAUUUGAUGAGCAAAGUAAUGCGUAUGAAGAUGAACGGUUAAAUGAAAUAUUUUCGAGUGUUGCAGUAGAGUCCGUUAGGUCGUCAGGUUUUCUUGAAGUAGAAGAAAAUAGAUCUGUAAACUAUUCGAUGACCCUAUCUGAAGUUGGUGAUGAAUUGACAGCAAAUGCAUGUUCACUGGAACUGUGUGAGAAGUGCACCUCUGUUGACCGGGACCAAGCAUCCCACUAUUGCCCACAAUGCAACAUGAAAUUAUGUGUCUGUUGCUUUAGGGAACAUGCCAAGUGGUUGCCGUUACAUGUACCGAAAUCGUUAUCAAGAUGGAAUCCGAACGACCCUUCAGACAAAUUAAAGACGGAAUUUCAUAAGAUAGCUGAAGACGCAUGGGUGUCAAAACAAAAGGAAAUGCGCAUUGAACCUGCUCAACACAUCGGAUCUUCUUUCAAUGUUGGUCAAACAGAAAUGAUUUCCGGUGAAGCAGUUCGAUCAGCACAUGCUGUUGCCACAACAAGAUCCGUUGAAUAUAGCAGUCAGGAAGACAACGGUUCAGAAUUUUACGGUACACCAUCACAAUCUCAAUAUUCCAUCAAUAUAAAGGAUGCAGCGGAUAAACAAACAUGCUGCAUCAUUGACAUAUGCGUCCUCAACACUGAUACAAUUGUUACUGCAGAUACUGCAAACUGUAAGUUAACUGAAAUUAAAAUUAGAACCAUGAAAAAGAAGCGUUCGCACUUGUUAAAAGAUUACCCUCGUGCAGUUGCGCAUAUCAGAAACAUGAUUUUGCUUGUAGCAUAUCCGCAAGGAAAACUUGCUUACAUCGACAUGGAUGAUGGUAGUCAAUGGUCGUCACAAAUAAAACUUGAAGGGCAAGAGUGUUCCAGUAUUUGCGUUAACAAAGGCAAAAUUUACGUUAGCAUUCCGAGAGGGAUAAAUGUAUUCGACAUUUCAAGCGAAUGUCUUCAUUUGCAGUAUGAUUUCAAUACUGAAUACGGAGAAAUAAUGUCAUCAACUCAAAGAAUAACUGUAAGUGGUGACAUUGUUAUUGUAAGCGAUCCAAAUAAUGGACUUUUGUUUAUUAAUACGCAGACUCACACAAUUAGCAAUGAAAUCAAAACGUUAGACAAGCCAACAGCUAUAUGUUUGGGUUCAGCUGGUGAUUUUUAUGUUGCUUGUACAAAAGCCGUUGAUUGUAUUAAAGAUGAUGUGGUCAUAAGACGUUUUGGAACGGAGUUUGGAUUAUAUGCACCUUUUGCGGUCUGUUUUGUUGACUCGAGUGAAUUUAAACAUUUGUUUGUGAGCCAAUGGUCGCGUAAUAAUGUGGAAUGUAUUGUGCUGUAAAGAACUGUCAAUGGUUAUAAAACAACAUUAAAACUUUACGUACGAAUCUAA